AAGGGCCACCGUUUGCUCCCAGACACCCUCGCUCUAUCCUGAUCCUUUGUCGCUGCGGAUGCGGUGCCUCCCGUGUCGUCUCGUUUGCCUGCUGGUCUUCCUUAUCGAACAACCUUGAGAUUUCGGACGUCUGGGGGAAUCUGACGCGCUUAGUCAGCAUAAAGUACAACUAACACACGUGAUAUCGCUAUGGGCCAGCCGUUGGAGACGACAAGAACGUCCAAGAGAAACGACAUUCACAUAUACUGUCUCUGCUUCCUGUUGUAUAUUCACGUUAACUCACCAGAUACAGACCCUACCGUGUCUACCUACAGCUCGGGAGGCGUGGAAUACCCGGAGACUAACGCUCAUGUUGCGGGUCGAUUCGUAUGGGCCUUCAGCCAUUUCGCUACCACGCUGGACGUCGGCUGGUAUCAAAGUGCCCCGAGACGAAUUGAAGGAACUUUCUACUGCCAGCCAUGCUAUUUCUGGACGAUAAAUCACCUACAACGGGAUCUCGCCUGCUAGUUUCUUUGGAGAAAGGAUAAUCCAUCAAUUUAUACCGUCACUCCAGUGCGUUCCUUCCUGCAGGCGCGGCCACAAACCAAACCAAACACCGGAAUAUAUGCUUGUGCUUGAUAUCCGCGGUUCACUCGUUUGAUUUAUCAUCUUAUGAAAAGCACAGCUUUCCUAGGCAAAUUUUUGGACACCUUUUUUUGGAUUAAGCACGAUCUGUGGGUGAAGGACAGAGGGUUAACCCUCACACUAUACAGAGUAUCAUGGGUCCAAAUGUCCCAAUAAUCCGCGUGCUUCCUCGGGAUGUGGCAGGGCAGAUUAGGUCCUCAUCAAUCGUGACGAGUCUAAACGGUGUUAUAGUUGACCUUAUCAAGAAUUCUCUCGAUGCCAAUGCAUCGGCGGUCAUGGUAAACGUUGAUUUCCAGAAAGGCACUUGUACUGUGGAAGAUGACGGCAUCGGGAUACCUCCAAAUGAAUUCCAUGAAAACGGAGGCCUGGGAAAGUUACAUCGUAUGUGCCGCAGAUACCCUCUUGUUUAAUAUCUUUGCUGAUGGUUAGCGACUAGACACAUCAAAAUUUGAUACCACAGGCCAAGUAUAUGGUCGCAAAGGCAUAUUUAUCUCAUCUUUGAUAUCCAUGGCUUUGGUCACAAUAACAUCUCGUAACAUUUCAUUUCAAGAAACAAAUUCAGUCAUAUUCCGACACUCAAAACUUAUUUCAAGGCUUUGUCCAGCACCAAUUCAGCAUGACCUCUUACACCCUCAGCAUGGCACAAGAGUCGCCGUAAAUGACCUUUUUAGCAAUCUCCCUGUCCGAGCUAAACGCCGCGUACAGGAUCUUCGCAGAAACGAAGAUAUUGACCGCGAGUGGGAUGGCCUGAAAAGAGCGAUAACAGGACUCUUGCUUGCAUUUCAAAAGCCAGUCAAGGUGUACAUCAUUGAUGCAUCUAGGUCACGAAAACAGAUUUUUCGAGGUAAAGGUCGGAAUUUUCUUGAUCUUCGGCAGGUAAUAAAGGACGAAGACCCACAUUCUUUGGAUUUGGAUCGUGUGCGUUCAAUUCUGGGGAAUGCAGGAUAUAUUACUCCCUCAGAGUUUUCGUCAUGGGUUGCGGCAUCAGCCCGAAGCUCUGAUAUCUGGGUAGAGGCUGCAAUAUCUCUGCAACCUGGUCCAACGAAGCAGGUACAAUUCAUUUCAUCUGGAAUCAACCCAGUUUAUCCCCUUGGCGACGCAAAUGUGCUGUUCUCUGAAAUCAACCAGUUAUUCGCAUCCUCUAACUUUGGAGUUGAGCAUUCUUCUUCUGGUGUUAGUGGUGCGAUUGAAAUGGCUACCGUAGGGGAUACAGAUGCACCCACAGGUUCUUCCAUUAACAGGAUAAAGAUCAAAUCCAAGGGUGUUAAUAAAUGGCCAAUGUUUUACGUCCGAGUUUCCACGACUCAGGCCAGCUGCAUUGAUUCGCAGGGCUAUGAAUCCUUUCAGUCCAAAAUAUCCAUCCAGAAAAUUCUUGGAGUUAUCAAUGCGUUGUUUCGCCAAUUCUUAGAACAAUACCAUUUCUUAUCCCGGCAUCCGCAAUGUAUCAAAAGGGGUAGACAAGACCAUUUGCCUCGGCCUGACAUUCCACAACCUGCUCCACCCGUAGCUAAACGUCGGUAUCACGAAAUCUCUCCUAGCAGAAAGGGCUCUACUCCCUUUGAUAAGUCGAAAAGUCCUCCCGUGGAGCCUCAGACGUCAGACAUCAAGGCACUCCCGUUUAAUGAUUUUGGAUCGUGGUCAAGGGUGAAAGGUGGAAGAGGAGGUUUUUAUGAUGAUAUCUGCGCAGGCUUACCGAGAAGUAAGUCCCAACCCGCACUCAAAAGGGAUACUGGUAUAUGCAACAUAAAGUUCCCAUAUCCUCCAACCGCUGAAUCUGCCCCAGAACAUGGAGGGGAAAGCGUUGGCGAGUCAAUAUCUGAUACCACAGAUUCGGAGACAACUAGAGAAAUCGGUCCCGUAUAUGAGCAUUCUACAUCACCCUGUCCUAUAAAGCCGCAAGAUGAGCUAAUGUCUUGGACGGACCCUCUUACGAAAAGGACCAUAUAUGUCAACAAACGUACUGGGCAGACAGUACCGCGCACACCCGAGGCGGUCAAGCAAGCUCCAAAUCACCCAUCCACAAUCCGACGGCUUACGGCUAUCUGCCCCUCGGGAGAUGAUGGCCAGGGUCAAAAAAGGAAUGAAACAUCCCAUUGGUUUGACUCGAUUUUCAAAAGCUGGAAGAAUCCUACAUUCCCAUUACCAGAACUUCCCAUUCCAUCUACGAUAUCACAUAUACGCUACAGUGAAAAGUGGUCCUCAAAAAUCGCCUCAGAUUCCCAUUGUCUAGACUGUCAGAAUCUCCAAGGUGGUAGUACGCUGGAGGGACUUAUGGGAAGAUCUGGCAGCCGGCUCAAUAAGUGUGCCCUCAAAAAGGCAACAGUCAUCGCUCAAGUUGAUCAGAAGUUCAUCUUACUCCGGACCUCCUUACUUUGCGAGGAGAGAGAGGGUGAGGAAGUCUUAGUCUUGGUUGACCAACAUGCCGCUGAUGAGAGGUGCCGUGUGGAAGAAUUGUUUACUGCACUCUGUAACCUCUCACCGUCUGGUAAUGUCGAUACCACUAAUUUACCAACACCCAUAAGCUUCAGGAUACUAAGUCAGGAAGCAAGAUUAUUCGAAGCACGUUCCGGGUAUUUUUCUUCCUGGGGUUGUCUGUAUGAAGUCCUAAGGGAAGCAGAAGGGUAUUAUUCCCUUGUGGUGAGGGGCUUGCCAACUCUCAUCGCUGAACGAUGUCGAGUAGAGCCUAGGCUCGCUAUUGACAUGCUUCGUUCAGAGGUCUGGGAUCAACCAGAAAUUUCCAAACCAUCCAUCAGAUCAGCACUGGAAGAGUGUGGAAGCCAGGGAUUUGUUGAAAAGGGCCUCGGAAAGACCGAAACUCAUCACUGUUGGCUGCAACGCAUCGGCGGUUGUCCAAAGAAGAUGGUUGAUCUGAUAGUCUCCCGUUCAUGUCGGUCAGCUAUCAUGUUUAAUGAUGUGCUUUCCAUAUCUGAAUGCCAGAGCCUUGUGUCUCGACUGGCAAAAUGUGCUUUUCCAUUCCAGUGUGCCCAUGGCAGACCAUCAAUGGUACCGAUAAUAAGUCUGGGAUCCAAAAAUCAACUACCUGGUUCAAUGUGCAGCCCUUCUGAACUGGGUACACUACUAUCUCUGGAUCAUAUGGCCAGCACAAGUCAUCCAGAGUUUAAACUAGCAGAACCCUGCUCGAACUUUGUCACUGCUUUCAGCAAGUGGCAGGGUGAUUCCCACAUGACAUGAAUCAUAUGGAAUAUAUUGAUACAUAAUUUCGAGCAGAGAAGUUUGACCCUGUAUAAUUAUACCCGGGUUGUAUACAUUCAUAGUUUUGGUAAUUUUGCAUACUUUAGGGUGUUGAAAUGUUUCUUUUGUUAUAUUUAAAGUUGGACAACUGGUACGGGCCGAUCUUUGGGGCUAUGACAGGUGUCAGAUCUCAAACUUGGGCCUUACAUACCCGUGCGGUGAUUACCUGGGGAUAUCUCGCUGGAGCUCCCAAUCACACUUAAGCCGCAGCCAACACCCGCCGUGUUCAACACGGCAGAGGACACCUGAGACGGGCUAUUUUUGCUUCGCCUUCGAGCAUAAGCCAACCGAGAAGCUGUAAAUACGGAAUGGGAAAAAGCAACCCCCGAGGAUUUCUGGCCGUUGCUGCACGCAUCCCUGAGCCAUCACACAGUCGCCUUGCCAUAUCUAUCCCCUUAACCGCCCAGAUGCAAAUGAAUGUGAAGCUGCAGCUUUGAUUGGUCAUGUGAUUAAGUAUCCCGCGGAUUCCGCCAUGAGCGCGAGCCGGGGACAAGCA